AAGGUUACAUCACCAUCUAAAUAAUACAAUUAGUCAUUUGCUAACUGAAUGAAUUGUAUUCGUGCAAUGUUUAUCCAAUAAUAAAUAAAACAAACCCUAGGACAACAACGUAUAUAAUUUGAUGCUAGUGAUUAUUUGUUUUUUGUCCAACACUGUGCCUAACGAAAAACUGAUAGAGCAUCCAGAACUAAAACACAGAAUACUAAUAAGUUUUUAAAUUUUCGUUAUUAGUGGCAAAUAUAUUAUUAAAAUUUUAAUUUAAUAUUUUUUUUUAAUCAAAGUACAGAAUUCUAGUUGAAAAAUGAGAAAACUCAAUGAAAAAAUCGCAUUUUUUUAUCUCGUUUCAUUGAACACGGUGUUCGCUGAGAGUAAAAAACGCUAUGUAAAUGUAGAUGACGCAGAGAAAAUCGAAGUGAUCGACUUAACACAGGCAACGACUUGGAGGGAUUUAUCUGAAUACUAUGAGGCGAUUGAAAAACGAUGGAAGCUGUGUCUGAACUGCGGCGUACCAGGGCUGGGUACAGCUAUGCACAUGGAGCUUCCAGGGGGUGAAGCCUCCAUGCAUCUUUCCGUCAUACCUCCAGACUAUCUGGUUACAAGAUUAUCUAUAAUCGACGUUACUGGCCUAAGCAAUACAAAUCCACCUUUAGUGCUGACUUUAGAUGUUGCUCAGCAAUGGAUCUCAAUGAAGCAUGACCCUCGAGAGCCGACGUUACUACUCUUCAAGUUCGGCUGGAGCGAAGAGGACACGCACAAGAAAGUCAGAAGCUGUAUUUGUGAAAUACCAGGGCUAAGCUACGAGCUAGCAGAAUGGAUAGCUACAAAUAUGAGUCAUGUGGUGGGAGUAGGAACCGAUGCUCCGACACUUGAGUCAGAACAGACCAGGGAAUUCUCCAGCCGAACUGUCGCGAACUUGUUGGGACGCAGCGGUGUUUACAUUGUCGAAAACGUUAACUUGAAGACCAAAUUGCCAGAACAAAGUUGCAUGGUCACUACAAUGCCGUUGAAGCUGCUGAACGCUAACUACGUGCCGGCGAGGGUGACGGCAUUUUGUCCAACAACACACGUCGGGAAGCACGUCGCCUUGACUUUAAGGGGUGACGUCACACACCAGACCGCCCCCAAUCGGUUAUUCGACGUGGAUUUAGACGAAAUAUUAAAUAAUUAAUUUUUUUACCUUGAAUCUGUUACCAGAAUGGCGUUUUAAAAAUGUUAUAUUAUUUUGUUCGAAA